AUCUAAGGAUUAGUUGUCAAAAUUUCUAUUAGAUAAGAAAACAAUUGUUUCGGUUCGGUUUGAAUAGUUGCAGAUUUUCUGGUUAAGAUGAUCGUCGACUUGGUGGUGCGUACUGGAGUCGUGGUAGCUGUUAUAAUGGCAACAAAACACUUUGGAGUUUGGGAUUCUCCAGAGCGAACGCAGGAAAUAUAUAGCUCCACAUCGGAACACGUUGAACCGUAUGCAGAAAAUGCCCGCCGACGAAUGGGUUUCGAUCCACCGCAACCACCGCCGGAGGGCAAGUGGAAAUUCUUUGGUGUACACUACUAUAACCAAGUGGUUAUAUCUUUCUUUAGCUUGCUCAGUUCGGUUCCGGAAUUGCUCGGCCAAGGGCUGGAACUAGUUCCAGGAUAUGCAAUUCAAAUGUAUCAGGGCGCUAGGCAGCAGUACGAAAAAUAUAAAGAAAAAUCACCAGACAAUACUAUGAAGGAGAGCUGUCAAAGAAAGUGUAUUGACCAGACACCAUCAGUGGUCCAACCAAUUGAGCCAGAUUCACACCACUGUAAGCGAAAGGACACGCCAGACAAGGUAAUUGAACCUCCACCCAAAAAGCGUUUCGAGGAUGACUUUAUUUAUAAAUCAAGAUUGCCAUCAAAAGAAGCGAAAGGCAACUGCAAUUGCACAAAAUGUAAACGGCGUGAGGGAGAAGGUUGGUCUGAUAAUAAACCCAAAUGCCCAAAUCUUGCGCCAACUGACAAUAAGACGGUCAACAAGGAGCAGCCAUCAAAGAAAAAAGUUUGCAAACUUUGUCCCCAAAAAGAUUCAAUGGAAACGGAAAAGUGCAAGUCGGAAGCGGAGACGCUUAAGACAUGCAAAAAGUGUUUAUCAAAUAAAGAACACUGAAAACUGCGCACUGAUUCAAGGAUAACAACGAUUAUACCAUUCUCAUGGUGACGCCAUCUAAUUAUAAAAUCUGUAACUCUAUUAAAAAUUCCAAAUUAAAAGUAAAAAAUUAAAUACAAUUGUUAAUAUUAUUCACCUUUAAUUAGGCUAACAACCGUUGGGUGUUUCUCGAGACGCACUUCUUGUUUAUUGACCUAAAAAUAAAUUAUAAUUAUAAUCGAAA